AGAAUACGCGAUUUCGCGAUCUCGUCUUUUUUUUCUUCUCUCGUCGACUCGUCAGAGAUUUUUCUCUCCGCACUAUAUCGGAACAAAAUAGAGUCCUCGCUCUUUUUAAGUGUCACUCGACAUUCCGCGAAUUCUUCCAUGUGUGAAAUUAAAUAAUCCGCACUUGAGUAUUAUUUUUGACAGUUCAAACGUCACGCGAUUUUUAAUGAACUCGCGUUUUCUAACUAGUGGCGUAUAUUUUUGUAUUAAUUGCGAGGACAAAGGAACGAGCUGCAAAUACAUCGUCAUCGCUAAUUGAUAUGCAAAGCGCGACAUUUGUGUGUGCUUGUUACCAUUUUUGGUAUGAUGCUGUUUCUCCGCUUGCUCCAAUUUGCAACUGUUGCAUUUAUUGCCUUGAGAUCGUUCCGAACAUGAGAGAAGUGUUGUAGUUUUGUCAGAUUUUUGGGGAAAAGAGACCUAAGAGGAAAGAAAAAUGUUAAAUGUUCAAUGACAAUUCAGCGAUUAAUCAGGAAUCAUAUGGUUUCAUCCCAAUAUCACUGGAUUAGAAGCGGAGCGUCUAUUAAUGGAACGAGGAUAUGACAGUUCAUUUUUAGCACGACCAAGCUCUUCGAAUCCUGGUGAUUUCACAUUAUCUGUCAGACGGAAUGGCGAAGUGACUCAUAUUAAGAUACAGAAUACAGGAGACUUUUACGAUCUUUAUGGCGGUGAAAAAUUUGCCACGCUUUCCGAGCUGGUACAGUUUUACAUGGAAAACGGUGGGCAAUUGCGCGAGAAAAAUGGCGAAAUCAUCGAGCUUAAAUAUCCUCUGAAUUGUGCCGAUCCCACAACUGAAAGGUGGUUUCACGGUCAUCUGUCGGCGAAAGAAGCGGAACGAUUGAUGCUGGAACGCGGGAAAAAUGGAUCCUUCUUGGUGCGCGAAUCUCAGAGCAAACCUGGCGAUUUUGUAUUAUCUGUACGCACCGACGAUCGCGUCACGCAUGUUAUGAUACGAUCACAGGAUGGCAAAUAUGACGUAGGUGGUGGCCAUAAAUUCGACAGUCUCAGUGAUUUAAUAGAACAUUAUAAACGAAAUCCAAUGGUUGAAACAACUGGGAGUGUUGUUCAUCUUCGGCAACCAUUCAAUGCAACACGUAUUAAUGCUAGUGGUAUUGAGAGUAGAGUCAAACAAUUACACAAAGAAAAUGGCUGUUCCAAUGGCUGGCUGUGCUGGAAUGGAGCAACUGGAAAUAACGAGGGUGGAGUAGGUCGUGCUAAAGGAAAAGCUGGCUUCUGGGAAGAAUUUGAAUCGUUGCAGCAGUUGGAGUGUCGACAUUUGUUUUCGAGAAAGGAAGGUUUACGUUCAGAGAAUCGUGCAAAGAAUCGUUACAAAAAUAUCUUACCCUUCGAUCAUACCAGGGUACGAUUAAAAGACGUGGAUCCAACCAUACCUGGAGCUGAUUAUAUUAAUGCUAACUAUAUAAAGAACGAGGAAGGUGACCCAAUUAAUGGUGGCGGUGACGUGACGUCAUUUGGCAAAUGUUACAUAGCCACACAAGGUUGUCUUCUGAAUACCAUACAAGAUUUUUGGCACAUGAUCUAUCAAGAGAAUACUCGUGUGAUUGUUAUGACGACAAAGGAGGUGGAGAGAGCAAAGAAUAAAUGCGCGCGUUACUGGCCGGAAGAAGGAGAAAUUGAAUAUGGCGAAUGGAAAGUGCGCGCUGUAUCGCGAACCUCGACUGCUGAUUAUACUCUGCGUGAAUUUCUCCUACAAGGAUCCAAAUCGAACUUCUCGGAGUCUAGGAGAAUUUAUCAUUACCAUUUUCAAGCAUGGCCUGAUCAUGGUGUUCCAUCAGAUCCUGGCUGUGUGCUGAAUUUUCUGCACGAUGUAAACGCCAGACAAGAAUCGAUCGCUACAUCUUUGGCGUCCAAUAAUCAGAAUGUACCAUGCAUAGGACCCAUUCUUGUUCAUUGUAGUGCUGGAAUUGGCAGGACCGGCACAUUCAUCGUUAUUGACAUGAUUUUAGAUCAAAUCAAACGUCAUGGUCUCGAUUGCGAAAUUGACAUUCAACGCACGAUACAAAGAAUACGUUCGCAAAGAUCAGGAAUGGUCCAGACGGAAGCACAAUAUAAAUUUGUUUACCUCGCCGUUCUGCAUUAUAUCGAGACUGUAUCUCAGCGAAUGCAAGCAGAACAGAAAUCACUUCAGUUAGGGAGAGAAUACACUAAUAUUCGUUACAAGAGCGAGACGAGCGCUUCCGUAAAUUCUAUCAUAGGCGAAACAUCCUCUCUCACGUGUAUACCGACAACUCCUUCGUCAUUGUCCGCAUCUACCUAUAGUUUGAGGCCAAAGUAAUUUUUGUUAGGAAGUAUUUUCGAUCAUAUAUAUUUGAGAAAGCAAAGAAGAGGCUUUGUUACUCCCUCUCAUUUUCUUUGUUUUUCUCUUACUCUCUUUCUGUCUCUCUUCUUUAUUUCUCGAUCAUUAGAUGAUGUUACAAGAAAAUUGCAAUGCGAUAUGAUCAUGUAUCUCGUUUAUUAAGUAGCAGAUGAGAAUUUAUUUUCGCCUUUUUUUGUUAAAUAUACUUUUUAUCAAGUAUAAAAA